GGUGGUAAUGGAAAAUAGAGGUCAGCAGAUAAUUGGUGGGGGGUGUCACUGCUUCCCAGUAUAAAACUGGGGAGUCCGGGCAGCUCAGCCUGCAUGCUCUGGUCUCUGAGGUGUGUGCAGCCCAGUGGACAACUCCGGCACCAUGAAGUGGCUCGUCCUGGCGCUGGUGUUUCUGCAGCUCUCAGAGGGGCUGGUGAGAAUCAAACUGAAGAAAUACAAGUCUAUACGGGAGAAUAUGCAGGAGGCCGGAGUGCUAGAGGACUACCUGAAGAAAAUGAAACAUGAUCCAGCUAAGAAAUACCACUUCAGUGAUGACUAUGUUGUGUAUGAGCCGAUAAGCAACCACCUGGAUUCCUUCUACUUCGGGGAGAUCAGCCUCGGGACCCCCCCGCAAAACUUCUUGGUGCUCUUCGACACCGGUUCCUCCAACCUGUGGGUGCCCUCCACUUACUGCCAGACGCCGGCGUGCUUCAAUCACGCAAAGUUCAAUCCCAGCGCGUCCUCCACCUUCAUCAACAAUGGCCAGACUUACACCUUUUCCUACGGCAGCGGGGCGCUCAGCGUGGUGCUGGGCUACGACACGCUGAGGAUCCAGAACAUCACGGUCACAAAACAGGAGUUUGGGCUCAGCAGCAACGAACCAAGCCAGCCUUUCUACUAUGCCAGUUUUGAUGGGAUCCUGGGGAUGGGCUACCCCUCGCUGGCCGUGGAGGGGGCACCCACUGCACUGGAGGGCAUGCUGCAGCAGAACCAGCUCACCCAGCCCAUCUUCAGCUUCUACUUCUCUCGUCAACCCACCGAAACCUAUGGGGGAGAACUCAUUCUCGGAGGAAUUGACACUUGGCUCUUCCGUGGAGACAUUGUGUGGGCACCGGUGACCCAGGAGCUUUACUGGCAGGUCGCGAUUAAUGAGUUUGCUAUCGGGCAGUCAGCGACGGGCUGGUGCAGCCAGGGCUGUCAGGCCAUCGUGGACACAGGGACGUUCCUGCUGACGGUGCCCCAGCAGUACAUGGACAGCUUCCUUCAGUCCCUGGGUGCCCAGCUGACCAGCUAUGGUUAUGCAGUUGACUGCAAUAAGGUCCAGAACAUGCCUGCCAUCACCUUUGUCAUCAGCGGAGCUGAGUUCCCACUCUACCCCUCUGCCUACGUCUUUGAAAAAAAUGGCUACUGCACUCUUGGGAUUGAGGCCACCUAUGUGCCUUCCCAGAAUGGGCAACCGCUCUGGAUCUUGGGUGACGUCUUCCUCAAGGAGUAUUACACCGUCUUUGACAUGGCCAACAACCGUGUUGGCUUCGCCCCGUCGGCAUAAAGCAGUGAAAUCCAGCCCCUCCCCUGGCCCAACGCACCUUAGCCAGCACUGCCGGAGCGCUACGGGGUUC